AUGCUCACGGCCGUGUCUCCUUCCUCCAGCAGCUUCAGCCCCGUGGUUCGCGGAGUCCCACCAAAACACCGCAGGCACAGAGAGGCCUUCGGGGUGCUCGAUGAUGGAUUGCACCCUUCACCGGGCUCGAGCCAGUGCCGCUGGAUGGGGCCCGUGUGGAGCGAGGGUCCAGAUGUGCCUGCCCUGCAGCUGUCUCAUGUGCAUCAUCAGGGGGCCAGGGCUGCAGUGAAUAAUUUAAGCCAGCCCGGCUCCUGCCCCCAGUAA